AUGGAGAAUGAGGACCAGCUGAACAACAACAAUGAACAAGGUCUUGGCCUCACCAUGGGAAGCCAUGCAGCAUGGAACCAGCCUGUAGAAUAUGACUUGGAUGAUCUCCUUGGAGCUGAGGACCAUCAUGUGGACACUAGUAGUCACAAAAGUGAUGAUGAUGAGGAUCGCCGUCCUGACAGAGGGACACCACCAUCCAAGCGCACUAAACGCUUCUCUGCGCACCAGGUUCAAGAACUCGAAGCUAAGUUCCAAGUGUGUACCCACCCAGAUCCUAGGGCGCGUCAGGAACUUGGCAGAAAAGUUGGUUUGGAGGAAUGUCAGGUCAGAUUCUGGUUCCAGAACCGGCGCUCCUCAAUGAAGUUGAAGGCAUGUGGGAACGAGAUCAGGGACAUGCAACAAGAAAACACCAAGCUGCGUGCUGAGAAUGUUGAACUCAAGCAACUAAUUCAGAACCCAACAUGCUUCAGAUGUCGUGACCCUUCAGGGGCAGACCAGCUAGCAUCGGAGAAGCGGCGCCUGCUCAGUGAAAACGCAAGGCUAAAGGAUGAGUUGCUGCGUGCCAAAGCUUACCAGGACAGCAACACCCGCGAGGCAGAGCGACCUGAUCAGUCUAUGCCACUCACCUAUAAUUGCAGAACCAACAAGGCAGCACUUGUCUCGCACGCUGAACGUGCCUUGAAAGAGUUUGUCAUGUUGGCAACGAAGGGUCAACCGAUGUGGAUGCCGACCAUCGAUGGUGAGGUGCUCAGUGUCCAGGAGUACGAUUUCCAUACGUUCCCAGGGCUACUUGGGCUCUGCCCGCGGGGGUUUAUCGUGGAGGCCACAAGGGAGACUGAUAUGAUCAAAGGAGAUGCCGUGGACCUCGUUAGCAUCCUUACCGAUGUGGCACAGUGGUCUGAGAUGUUCCCUGAUAUCGUUGCAUAUGUGAGGUCCACUGAUGUCAUCGCCAGCAGCAGUACUUCCUCUUCACGCGAUGGGCUCAUUCAACUGAUGGAUGUAGAGUUCUGGGUGCAAUCGCCGCGCCUGCCGUCCCGCAACGUCAAGUUUCUGAGGUUUAGCAAGAUGAUCGCGGAAAGGAAGUGGGCUGUGGUAGACGUGUCCGUUGAUGGCAACAAUGGAGACGAAAAGGAAAUCAGCGGAACUAGUUGCGCCGGCUACAGGUUGCUGCCGUCCGGCUGCCUCAUUGAGAACUUGAGUGGCGGCUUUUGCAAGGUCACAUGGGUUGUGCACGGGGAGUACCUUGAAGCCACUGUGCCAGAACUCUUCAGGCAAUUUUUCCGUUCUGGGCAAGCCUAUGGUGCAUGCCGUUGGCUCAGAUCGCUCCAGAGGCAGUGUGAGUACAUGGCCGUUCUCGGUUCCAGCCAUGUUCCAAGCAGCAGCAGCAGCUCAGGGGCAGCCAUAUCGCCUCUAGGAAAAAGGGGAGUCCUGGAGCUGGCCCUGCGGAUGAAGGAGACCUUCUAUGCAGCCGUCUCCGGGCCGGUGACCAUGGCAUCGACCAACGUCGUCGACCAGUGGUGUGUCAGCAGUGGCACCGGCGCCGAGAGGGUGGACGCGGCCGUGCGCAUGGUUACAUGGAAUUGCGCUGAGAUCAUGCCCAGAGAGCCUGCAAUCACAGUGCUCAGCGCCACCACUACCGUCCGGCUUCCCGGUACACCGCCACAGCGUGUGUUCGAGUAUAUCUGCAAUUUGCAGCGCCGUGGCGAGUGGGAUAAAUUUGUCAAUGGGGUCCUGGUGGAGGAAGUGAGCUAUGUCCCCACAUCUGCACGCCUCCAUGGCAACUCCGUCUCCAUCCUCCGCCCCACUGUCGUUGCUGAUGGAAGUCAUGGAAGGAACAGCAACGUGCUGAUCUUGCAACACUCGAGCACCGACGCGUCAGGCUCUCUGGUUGUGUACAGCCUUGUUGAGGAGAAGGUGAUGCGCGGCAUCAUGGGUGGCGCUGACAACUCCAUUUUCCUCAUGCCGUCAGGAUUUGCCAUCCUCCCAGACGGCCAUGGCUGCAAGGCCCGCUGCACCGCUGCGAGAUCCUGCAGCAGUGCCCCCAUAGGCCACAGCAACGGUGAAGGAGCGCUUCUUACUGUGGCAUCCCUAGGAAUGUUGCCUAGUUCCCCAUCCGGCGGUGUUGCUGCCCGGAGCUUUGACGAUGCAGGAGAGCAGCUAUGCAAUACGAUAAGGAAGAUCAGGGACGCUGUCGGGGCCAAUAGCGUCAUCAUGUCCUGA